CCAAACACGGAAACCCCCCAACCUAUGAGAGGACUCAUUCAGGUUUUUAGAAUGGGGACACAGCCUUUUUCAAAUCUAAACAAAUAAAUAUUUUCUCUUCUCUUUCUUCUGCUUACAUCCGUGGAAGCAGUCCAGAGAAAGAGAAUAUAUAAAUUAAAAAACAAAAAAGAAUUCCUCCCUUCCAAGACUCGGAAAGUCUGAUCACCAUCAAAUUCAAUCCAACCAUCUCUCAUCUUUCGCCGCCCACUGCAGGCAUAUCUUCGGUGGUUCCUAUCAUUACUUCUUUCUCUGGUACUUUAGCAUUGAGCACCUGUUUUAGUUGAGUCUUAUAUCGAGGACUAGUUCUCCAUUUCGGCUUGUGUUACACUAUGAGGAAUGGAGCACAACACGUGGGUGAAUGUUCUAGCUCAACCUCUUGGAGCAGUCAUCAGGAUACUGAGGAUGACCAGAUGAUUGCUGUUGUGUUAUCAGAAGAAUUUUCCAAGUUAGAUGGCGCUGUUGCUAGACGCCUUUCUGGUCUUGCACCAGUUCCUCAUGUCCCACACAUAAACUCCUAUAUUCCCAGCCUACAUGAUGCAAGUUUGGAUCACCAACGUCUUCUAGAGAGGCUUCAUGUUUAUGGUCUAUAUGAAGUGAAGGUCUCUGGUGAUGGGAACUGUCAGUUUCGUGCACUUUCAGAUCAGAUGUACAGGUCCCCUGAGUAUCACAAGCAUGUCCGGAAAGAUAUUGUUAAACAGCUUAAAGACAACCGUAACUUGUAUGAAGGAUAUGUUCCAAUGAAAUACAAGCGAUAUUGCAAGAAAAUGGCAAAAUCUGGAGAGUGGGGGGACCAUGUUACCUUACAAGCAGCUUCUGAUAAGGUUGUCUUCGUAAAAACUAUCUUUGCAGCAAAGAUAUGCCUUUUGACAUCAUUCAGAGAUACUUGCUUUAUUGAAAUUAUGCCACAAAGCCAGCCUCCUAAACAUGAACUGUGGUUGAGUUUCUGGUCUGAGGUACACUACAAUUCACUAUAUGAGAUCCAAGGUGCCCCAAUUCAGAAGCCGAAGAAGAAACAUUGGUUGUUUUAAUCAGCAGGAUGUUGGGGAGGCUAUAGCUCUUGUGCUGCUGAAAGAUUAGUAGUGUGUACACUAUGCUAAAUAUUUUAUUAACUGAUGGUAGUAAGGUUUUGGUGUUUAUUACUUUAAAGAUGUAUGGUGCUUUUGAGAUUGAGAUGCACCAGGUUACUUUUUUCCUCUUCCCCCCCUCCCCCCUUCCCUCUUUUUGAAAUAUAUAUAUGAUUAUUCUUCUGUGAGGCA